AUGACAAGUUGGGAUGAUUUCAUGGUGCCUCGAAAGGACGACUUCUAUAUUUUCGUGAAAAGAUACUGGGACGAUUUGGCCUCUCUCAACUCUCAUUCCAGUGUUCCUGUCUUGGUACAUUGUAGUGCUGGAGUGGGGCGUACCGGUACCUUCAUGGCAAUCGAUAUGCUUGCCCGUUAUAUUCGUGAUUUGAUGGCUUUCGAAGGGCAAAAUUGUCUGAUGAAUGGUAAAGAGGACAUGGAAUCGACUUUUAAUGAAUCAAUCUAUGCCAAUCUGACGGAUUCUGGCAAGUCAAUUGUCCUCCAGAAUCGUUCAACUCUGGCUAAAUGCUCAUCAAGUAUCGAUGUCUUCCAAACGGUACUAUGGAUCCGAUCACAGAGGAUGAAAUCUGUGGAACAAGAUGUAUGA